UUCGACACGAAGCGGGCUUUCCACGGCACCAAGUGUGACGAGCCCUUCAACAAAGUCAACUGCGGAAACCGAACUCGUCUUCAGGAGCCGCAGGAGAGUGAAGAUGGCGUCUGUCCGAGACAAAAUGGUCGAUACGAGCACCAGGAUCCGACGGUUUGCGACCAAUACGUGGAGUGUACUGAUGGCACUUGGAACUUGCUUAAUUGUUCCCCUCCACUCCACUACAGCUCAAAAAUAGGCCAGUGCACUUGGCCAUCCGAGGCCAAGCGAAAGGGUUGCAAGACGAAGAAGAAGCGUCUUCCCGACGGCUUUGAGUGCCCAGAUGUAGACACCUCAACGUUGCCCGGGGCAGCCCCGAAAAACCCGAACCCAACGUUCUCACACAACACGAGCUGCACCCAGUUCUACGUGUGCAUCGGCGGAGUCGAACCCAGGUUGAAUGUUUGCAACGCUGACCUUGUCUACAACAUUGACACGGGCACUUGUGACACGUACCUUAACGUGCCAGAAUGCUUUCGGGGUCGAAGAGCGGGAUCGCUCUACAAUGAGGAAAGCGAAGAGUCAUCCCCAUCAACCUCGAAUCGUGACCACGGAGUCAUUUUCUCCCUGAAACGAAUAAGCGUUCGAGUCUGUGAAACGAGGCGAAACGAGGUCGACCGAUUCCAAGAGGAUUCGAAGAACCCGAAAUAG